UUUUGAUGCCAUUGAACACGACUUUUGAUCAGAACAACAGCUAAGAGAGCCUGACUUCCUGUCUCUCAUCAACAUAUACUGAUAAGUACACAGAGUGAGGAGACAUCAUGGAGCACCUGCUGCUGCUGCUGCUACUGCUGAGCGCAGGACUCCAGGCUGAAGGAACUCCAACAGAGUCUAUCAGGUUGAUAGGAUCCAGUCGCUGUGAGGGAGACCUGGUGGUGAGACAUCAUGGAGAAUGGAGACCAGUGGUUGGUCGUAAUAUGGACUGGGACCUGAAGGAAGCAGCAGUUACCUGCAGAGAUCUCGACUGUGGCUCUGUUGUUUCUGUAGAAGAGAGAUCUGGGUCCUCAGGGAGACCUGUGUGGGGGAUCGAUCCUGACUGUGUUCAUUCUGGACCUCUGAAGGACUGUGCAGAAGCAUUUUCUUCUUCUCAUUCCAUCCUGAAGCUCAUCUGCUCAGACAUGCUGCUUCAGCCCAGCAUCUCUGGGUCCUCCACCAUGUACGGGGUCUCCGGGGCCCAGCAGCAGGGGGUCCAGGUGUUCAGAGGCUCCACCUUCAGCAUCAGCUGCUCCAUCCAGCCUCAGUACCCAGGAGGCUCCUUCCUGCUCAGCUCCUCCACUCACAACUACACCCAGCCAGCUGUCAAUCACAGCGCCCACUUCCUGUUCCCGGCUGCAGAGCCCGCCCACCAGGGAAACUACAGCUGUGUUUAUCACCUGUUGGUUCGCUCUCAUAACUUCUCCUCAGAGAGCCGUCUGCUGUCUGUCACUGUCUCAGACCUGCUGCUUCAGCCCAACAUCUCUGUGUCCUCCACCAUGUCUGGGGUCUCCGGGGCCCAGCAGCAGGGGUUCCAGGUGUUCAGAGGCUCCACCUUCAGCAUCAGCUGCUCCAUCCAGCCUCAGUACCCAGGAGGCUCCUUCCUGCUCAGCUCCUCCACUCACACCUACACCCAGCCAGCUGUCAAUCACAGCGCCCACUUCCUGUUCCCGGCUGCAGAGCCCGCCCACCAGGGAAACUACAGCUGUGUUUAUAACAUGGUGGUUCGCUCUCGUAGCUUGUCCUCAGAGAGCCGUCUGCUGUCUGUCACUGUCUCAGGCCACCAGGGGGCAGCGCAGACAGAAGGACAUGGAGCUGAAGAAAGUGAACCUGGCUGUUCCUGCAUAGGAAGAGUAGCAGCUCCUCCUAAGCCAUUUCUUGGUAUGGCUGUAGCCUACCCCAGCCAUACCCUGGCGCCGCCACUGAUUAUAUGAUGAUUCAGCCCCUGCUCAGAGUACAGAUGUCCUGAUAGCAGAACUUCAGAGCUUCAAACCAGAGAAAAUGUCAACUUUUUCUCAAAAAUUCAACAAUCUGACUUUUUCUAAAACGUUAAAAAUUCGGACUUUUUCUCCAAAAAAUCUGACUUUUUUCAAAAUCUCAAAAUUCGGACUUUUACUCAAAAAUCUAAAUGUUUUCUUUGUGAAAAUCAUUUUUUCUUUUUAAUAACAAUCAACAAAUUCUGAGAAAUGUCUUAAAACCACAGAAUUCUGACUUUUUCUCAAAAUUCUGUCUUUCUCUCGAAAUCUCAAAAUGUUGAACAAACUUCAAAAUGAUGUCUUUUGAGUUCUGUUGUAUUUGUGAUGGAGUUUUUGCUUAAUUGUCUGUUUUUGCUUGUUUUUAGGAAGAUUUGAGUUUUGUAAUUAAAGGAACAUUAUUUCUGUUUAAUUUAGGAAUUUAUCUGAUUUCAUCAAAAAGGAUUUUGAUAUAUAUAUAUAUUUUUUAAUACUAAAUGUUCUUUACAAAUUUACUGAAUUCUUAAAUGAUAUUUUCAUAUUUUUUAUAUUUUAAUAUUUUUGCUUAUUUGAUAAUAAUUGAGCUCAUUUCUCUUAAGGAUUUUUGUAUUUUGGUUUAAUUCAAACAUUUUGAUUAAUUUGGUUUUUAAAGAUUUUGUAUUAUUUUGUUUUCUACCAAAUUCUUUAAAAAAAAUGUAUUAAGUUUUUGUUUGUUUUAUAAGAAUUUCACAAAACUCUGUUCCUAAAAGAUUUGCUGAAUUUAUUCAUAUUAAGGAUUUUGCUUAUUUUAUAACAAUUUAGCUUAUUUUUUGCUUAUUUGAAAAGAGUUUUUCUCCGUUUUGAACUAAAGGAAUAUUAAUUUGACAUAAUGAAUUUAAACAUUUGUCUGAAUUGAUAAGAACGUGUCAUUUGAGAGGAAGGGUCUGAUAUAUAUGAAGAGGUAAAUCAGGUUAGAUAUAAUGAGGGAACAUGGAGAAAGACGUAUAAUGAUGAGAACAUGUGAAUAAAUGAAGCCCUGCACACAGACCUGAGAUCAGAUAUCAGAGAUCACAGAGAUUAUUUUCUAUGUUCAAUCAAUUAACGGUGAAACUCUG